AUGAGGGAGCUACGUAUCGUCGACUUCAUAUGCCUGAAGCCAAGAAGAAAGACCUUCGGACACAUCGCAUUCCUAAACAAAACUGAUGCUGAGAGGUUUCUGGCUGUUCACGGGGAACAGGAAGUCCCAUCCGCUCGAUACAAACCCCGCUUUCAGGCUCAUCUGCAUCUCUUGGGGACUGAGGUUUUCUGCAAGCCUAGCAACCGCAAUAUCCGGGAAUUCACACUCAGGGCAUUGCAAUACAGUGUCGAGCAACGGGGAGGAAAUAGUACCCAGGAGCGGGACGAACAGCCAACAUUUCAGCUGGACAUUGAUGAGUUCAGCUGUGGAUACUGCAGCUUCAAUGAAGACCAGCUAGUCUUUACGCCAGAGGUCGCUUGGUCACAGAAGGGAGUCUUCACCCUGAAAGGGAGGAACUUCAAGCUCACGACACGGGAUGGGUAUCUCCUACGGAUUCCCACAAGCUCAAUUAUCGCUCUUGUCCACUACGAUGAUGGUUUACUGACCUUCAUCCUGUCCGAUGUCCCAUACUUCUUUCUUGAGCAUAGUAAGGCACCUCUAACCAUGACACUUCCUCUUUUGAGCCUGGAAAAAAGCAGUAUCACCCAUUUCAGACUACCAGCCCUAAGCGACGAGCAUGCCACUAUUAUCGGACAAUGUCUAGUUUACCAGUUUCGUGCCCCAGCCCUUGACCUUAUACGCUGUAUGAUGUCCCUGAAGGAGUCUGAUCUGUCAGUAUUCUACCACGAUCUUACCCCGAAACAGGCACUCCGUUCUUCCGCACGUGGCCUUCACAGCGACCUCCAGACCUUCCUCGACCAACUCUCGGAGUGGACAAGGAAGGGUGAUCUCCCAUUUGGCGUCCUCUACCAGCUCCAGGCACUUGUCUACAAUGCUUAUCUUCACCCGACCACCGUUCAGAUACUGGGUAGCAAGCUGUGCGCCAUUUCCCAAGACCGCAGACAGCGUGGCCUGGCUCCGAUAUCAGCCGAUGCAGUUCGGACUCUCUUGAACACAGUCCACUGGGCUUUACCGUUCGACAAUCCUGAAGUCUUUCAGCCGGACUCCCUGCUGGCCACCCUGAGAUUAGAUAGAGAAGCGAAAAUGGAGCGUACGACUCAGAAGUCAGUUUCUGCAGACCUUUCCUCGGACCACGUGUUGAUACAUCGCGUGUCCGUCUCCCCUGCCAGAAUCACCUUUCACGGACCAGAGCGCGAACCUCAAAACCGUGUCAUACGAAAAUUUCCUCGCCAUCAUGCAUAUUUUAUUCGUGUACAGUUUUGCGACGAAAGAGGCAGCGAUCUCUUCUUCAAUCCCAAGCAUGAUUAUGAGCAGAUCUUUCAGCGGUUUAGAACCGUGUUGACGCUUGGAAUUCAGAUCGCCGGGAGAACCUAUACAUUCCUGGGGUUUUCUCAUUCCUCUCUCAGAUCGCACUCCGUCUGGUUUUCGUCUCCCUUUAUUGAUGGCGACGGGUCAUUGCAGACAUCCUCUUCGAUCAUCAAGGCCCUCGGAAACUUUUCUGGAAUUACCUCGCCAGCAAGAUGCGCCGCUCGCAUUGGACAAGCCUUUACCGAAACACCAUUUACCCUACCGGUGCAAAACGUCGUGGUGGAAUAUAUCGAGGACAUCACAUCAUCAGACGAGUCACGCGUUUUCAGCGACGGCAUCGGGACAAUAUCGCUGGAAGUUGUUGAACGAAUCUGGAAAGGAAUUCCCCAGAAGAAAGGCACACCGACUUGCUUUCAGGUUAGGCUCGGCGGUGCUAAAGGGAUGCUCUCCUUAGAUAGCCGUCUCGAAGGCUCGGUCAUACGCAUUCGACCUUCGAUGGUGAAGUUCAGUACGGACGAUAUGCGCGACCUUGGGAUCUGUGGCAUGGCAUCGGAGCCUUAUCCGCUCGUUCUAAACAGGCAAAUUGUCAAGAUUCUGGAAGAUAUUGGCGUCCCAGACGACUGGUUCUUUGGCUUACAGAACGAUCGUCUGAGGCAGUUGCAACUCAUUAGUUCAAGUGCCGACAAGACAGCCACAUUUCUCAAGGACGCAAAGAUUGCGGACUCCAUAGGCUUGUAUAAGCUGUUCCGCUGGUGUUAUUGGAUGGACCUGGACUACAGAGAGGACCCUUUUCUUCGUUCUAUAGUGGAAGCCAUGAUACUCCGAGAACUGCGGCUUCUCAAGCACAAGAGUCGCAUCCCUGUUCCUCAGGGGAUGACUCUCUAUGGAAUCAUCGAUGAGACAGGCUACCUGAAGGAGAAUGAGGUUUUUAUAACCUUUGACACGAUCUCUGGCCUGUAUGCUGCGCCUCCGGGCCCAGGACCUGUGUUGGUGACACGUUCCCCAGCCUUGUACGACGGGGAUAUUCAAGUUGCGCGCAAUGUUGUUCCACCGCCCGAUCACCCGCUAGCAAGGCACAAGAACUGUAUCAUCUUCAGUCAGCAAGGCGCAAGAGACCUGCCUAGCCAACUAAGUGGAGGUGACCUCGAUGGAGAUCUCUAUCAUGUUAUCUGGGACCCAAUCGUCGCGAAGGUGCACACAUCACCGCCCGCGAACUAUGCUCGAGUGGUGCCACAUGAUAUUGGUCGAGUUGUCACUACUAAGGAUAUGGCCUAUUUCUUUGUUGAAUUCAUGAAGACCGAUUGCGUCGGCAUCAUAGCCACGCGGCACAUGAUUCUAGCUGACCAAGAGCCCGAGGGAACCCACGCCAGUGGAUGUAAACUGCUUGCGGAGUUGCACUCCACGGCUGUUGACUACUCCAAAUCUGGGGUUCCUGUUGAUAUGGCAAAGAUCCCCAGCACCGGACGCUUCAGGCCAGACUUCAUGGCUCCAGGUCCCCUCGCACAAGUGUACAGCAAAUCCAAGAUUACGCUGACUGAAUUGUCUUCUCAUGCAGCUUACGACGAGGACGGUCCGUCUCACAUACUGUACUACAAGUCCGACAGGAUCCUUGGAAAGCUGUACCGAGCAAUCGACGAGAAGAGAAUCUGGCAUGAGCGUAUUGAUACCGGCCCUUCGCCUGAUGAAGACUCCUUCUGGGCACGAUUUGUAUCUUACUUGACCUGUAGGCACAGCUUGAGCCAACCCGACUCCUGUACGGUCGAUGAGGCGCUGCGCCUUCGUUCAGCGUGA